CUGCCGGGGAACGGGAGCCAAAAACCGUGUACACGUUCCGCUGGCUAGUCAUUUACAGCAAAAUAGAUGCAGCAUUAGCGCACUGUGUUGUGAGAGCUAAGUUCGAUUUCCAACAAGCAAGAGUCCACUUCUGAAGGCUCCCUACCCUAAGAGAGAAGUUACAAAGUAGCAGCCCACUCUUCGUAAUAACCUUUCUCUUUUCACUCCCGACGGGCAGUAUGUCAAAUUGUGCCAAGAUGAAAGUAGCUAUUAUCGGCGCAGGAAUCAGCGGGCUUCUGGCCAUUAAGACCUGCCUAGAGGAAGGCAUGGAGCCGCACUGUUUCGAACGAUACGGCCAACUCGGUGGAGUCUGGGUUUAUGAUAAGCAUCUCCGGCCAGGUCAGGGGUCGGCCAUAUACGAUUCCCUUACUGCCAACUCAAGCAAGUGCCUGCUGGCCCUCAGUGACUUCCCCAUGCCCCACGACCUUCCCCCUUACCCCCGGUACUAUCAUGUUCUCAAGUACUUCCAAGAUUACGCGACUCACUUCGAUCUCGAAAAGCACAUCACAUUCAACACCACAGUCCUGAGGGUGGAACCGACGGCCGAUUUUGAGGCUACAGGCCGCUGGAACGUUCGCACGCGCACCGAGGGCUGUGAGGAAGUAGCGGGCGUGUACGAUGCCGUGUUUGUCUGCUCGGGCAUGUACAAAGCGCCACACAUCCCAGACUAUCCCGGGCUGGAUGAGUUCGAAGGGCUGAAGAUGCACUCGAAUGAGUUCAGGAAUGCUGACUGUUUUGACGACAAAACUGUGGUUGUAAUGGGAGCCUCCAACUCGGCCGGUGAUGUAACCGCCGAUAUCAGUCGCCGCGCUCGCCAGGUACACAUCUCCAUGCGUCACGGUUGCUGGGUCGUCAGGCGCAUGGCUGUCGACAGUACUCCAAUAGAUAUGAUGGUCAACCGUAGGAUCCUCCAAUAUGCUCCCAAGCCUAUCGUCGACCGGAUUGCAAUGUCCAAAGCCAGCGUCAACUAUAGUCAUGACAAACUUGGACUUCGGGCCGAGAGUAGUUUGCUACGCAGCGAGGUCAUGGUUAACGAUGAAAUAGGUGACCGCAUCAUGUGCGGGGCAGUCCAGUGCCGGCCAGCGGUCAAACGAUUCACCCGCACUGGGGUGGAGUUUGUCGAUGGAUACAAGAUCGAUAACCUAGAUGCUGUUGUCUUUGCCACUGGGUACAAGCUUGGUUUCGACUUCAUCGAUCGUUCCAUAAUACAAGACAGCUAUGCAGACUUGGACCUGUUCAUGCAUAUUUUCCCGCCAAAACUCAAGCACCAGACACUCGCUGUCAUCGGCUGCGUGACCACGCUUGGCGGCCAGCCCCCCGUGUUUGAGCUUCAGGCCCGGCUAGCUGCCAGGGUCUUCAAGAGGCUGGUGCGUCUGCCGGAACAGGAUGCCAUGAUGGCUGAUGUCAAGCGCAGGCGCGACAUCCUUUUCCAGAAUUACGGAAAGCACAGAAUCUUUUUCCCACCUGUUCCCUACCAGGAAGAGAUGGCCGAGAUGAUUGGCGUAAAACCACGGUUCUCUGAACUCUUUCUGACCAAUCCAAAACUUGCGUUUCAGGUCUUCUUCGGCCCAUGCUACCCAGCUACAUACCGCCUCCGCGGUCCUCACUCUUGGAAGGGCGCCAAACAGGUCAUCCAGGAAUCCUGGAAUAGCACCGCCAAUGCUACCAAGACGCGGGUACCAAUGAAGAACCAAGGACAAGGGGACAUGGUCUCAGCUCAAGCUAACACUUUGCUGCGAAUCGGUCUCGCUGCACUGAUGAUCUUCGUGGCCCUCACGGCAUUGAUUGCUUAAAACUCUGUUGAGAGCAGAGAAACCCCAAGCAUUCCAGGGGUUAGUCAAUUGCCCAACAUUAUUACAUUAAAGGCAGCACCUCAUUCGCAGAAAAUCAAACCAUUGAAGCUGUUCAGUUGAUUUUUAUUGUGCAUUCAAGAAAAGUUACAUAAUUGAUUUGAAAUUAAGAAGUAUUCUUUGUAUUGUUCGUCAAAAUGCUAAAGACAACGUCCGUGAUCUACAUGUAUUCUUUCACGUCAUAAUUUCGCCAUAUGUAAUGAUGUACAAAGCAAACUUUUACCAUUCACGGUAAAAGAAACCGAGGGUUUUCGUAAUAAACAUGUAAUUUAAUUCGACAACUAGAAUUAGAAGUCAUUACUGCGAUGACACAACACUCGUAGACAUGUGAUACGCGCAUGUCAUGCCUCAUCGACCAAUAGGGUGUCGAGCUUUGCCAAAUGCCUGCACGCGUCAAGCUGAAGAAAGUGCAUCUGAGAGUGCGGUGCUACCGCAGUUAUGGCGUCUAAUCGGAUUAGUCUGUAAAUGUUUCAACAUGAAUAAGGUUUAAAGCAAUAUUAAAUCCUAUUUUUGUAUGAGGAUAACAGCUACCUUUAAACGUAUCAAUAACCGCCCUGAUUGUACACAUAGACCACUCUCAUUUUGCCUACAACUUCUAUGGGCAGCCAGACUUCGCAGAAAUAUCAUCUUUUGGUUGGUUUUGAUUUGAUCUCAAAAUUCGUUCAAUAAUGGACAAAUAUUCAAAUAGAUUUAAACAGGGUUGGUUUUUUCAUUUACGUGUAUUAGUCCCUGAUGUUCUGAUAGCUGCGUGGAAUUUUCAACAAUUUGUGAAUAAUUCUUAUUUUGUACUGACGGCCGGCCAUAGUUUUACUGCCACUUGUAGGAAAUAUACGAGCGUGACGUCAAAAGAGCACACCCAAUAGAUGAUACACCACUAAUGUGGUGUGCGAUAGUUAGUCACGCUGGUUGCCAAGAGUUGAGGGACCCUCUAUUUUCCUCACAAUGAGAAUACUGCAUCCCUAGCCUUCACCCUGGAGUGUGAUAAUGGAAUACACAGGUUCUUGAAAACAAUUACAAAACUGAAAAUGUACAUGUAUCUGGCUAUAUUACAUGUACUUACCGUUCAAAGUGGUUCUGAAAUUGAGGGUAAUUGAUCAUUGUAUGUAUUUGCUUGUAGAAUUUUGCAAGUUGAACUUUCAUCCAUUUAACCCGUUUUCUGGAUUUGCUUUUUGAGACUCCCACUAAAUCCUUGUCGAACUUAAGCCUAUAUUUUUGUUAAAAAUAUAUUAUAAGCUUUAUUCUUUCUAUAAGCUUUCUAAACAGGUGCCUUAAAGCACGCAUAAUUAUGCCACUAAUAUAAAUAAAUAUGAUAUGAAGAUAAUGCUGAGGAACAUUUCUUAAACUAUUUAAUCAAUAUAAUUGUUCUCACUUUCAAUUCUAUUCAGCAAUUAUUAUUUAUUGGUCUUUUUUAACGUUUGUGGCUGGUUCAUUGAUCUGUUCACAUUUAUUGAUAAGAAUUGAUUUUCGGAGAACAAAAUUUGUACAUAGAUUUCAUUGGAAAUUGAUUUGUUCACAUUUAUUGAUAAGAAUUGAUUAUUGGAGAACAAAAUUUGUACAUAAAUUUCAUUAAAACUUUAA